CGGCGGCAGCGGGUACCGGUCGCUACACUACAUGCGGCCCCUCUGCAUCUGGGCGAUGCAGUGGGCGCUGUCGCCGCCGGAGCUCCACAGGGACGUCAGGGUGUUGCCGGGUUCGGUGUCCGCCGUGGCGUCGCCGGCAGAGGUGGUCCUGGCUCGGGAGAAGUUCGAGGAGGUGGCGAGCAUGCUGAGGCUGCCGGAGGAAGAACAGCACAAGGGAUAUCUCAGAGCUCUGUACCAAAUUCUCCGGCAGACGCUGCUCCCGGCAUCCUGAUUCUCUUACGGAUCUGCUAAUUUACAUGCCGAUGAAAACAAUUCGCCUUCAUCCGUUUUCUAUGCCCUAAGAUCUGUGUGUGGAGAUUUGUGUGUGUGACUCGUUAUUUGUCUCGUUUCUUUUAUCGGAUCCGUGUGGUUGACCCGUUAUUUUUUCCAUCGCAACCCGCGUGUCUGUGUGGUUGACACUGUCGCCCUCCUCCCAGCCGAACACGCAACCCCGAACAGAGUCGAGCGAGAGAGAGAUAGCCAUGGCGAUUUGGAGCUCCGCCUCACCGCUCGAUCCAGUGUUUUGGUGGUGACUCGUCCGCGCUCUCCCUCGUGCUUCCCCGCUUCCUCCGCCUCCCUUCUGUUCCUGCCGGCGGGAUCUGCGGCAUCUCUCGGCCCCGCACCGAUCCGUCCCCAUUUCCGCCGCUGGCGAUUUUGUUCGUCGGAUUCAGUCCCCCCCUCCUCCCUUUUUGUUGUUCUUGUGAUCUGUUAGGUAGGGAGUUGGUUUUGUCUGUCAGAUUUGAUGAUUGUAUCCAUCCCCCGCAGCUUUUUUCCGUGUAGAUUUGUUUAGGUUGCACCGUUUCUGGGAUGCGUUUGAUUGUUCUGCUAAGCGCGGUAGCUGCCGUAGCUGGGAUGUGUGUCAGUUCGAUGUGCUGAUCUAUAAUUGAUUGGAUGUUGGAGUUCGAGUUGUUCAUGUGAGGCUGGCUUGCUUAGUUGUAGUACUUUGAUGUAUUCAGUCAAUUCGAACGGAUGUAUUCUGUUCCCUGGCCUUUAAUCCCUAGACCAUUUCUCUUCACUGGUAUCGUUUAGUGGGUAUGUGGUUUACUCUGUAAUUUCUAUUUUGGAUUUACAGUGCAAUCCCUAUUGUUUUUUAGAGUGAUUUUCAGUGUAAUUCAUACUGGAUUUUCAUUGAUUUUCACUAUAAUCCGUACUGGAUUUCCAGUGUAAUUUUCUUGUGGAUAGGUAGUAUAUUUGUAGUGUAAAUCCAAAGCAAUUUGUAGUGUAAUCCCCGGUUAUUUCACACUGUAAUUUCAGUGUAUUUGCACUGUAUUUGCUAGUGGAAUAAUAGUGUAUAUGUCCUAGUUGCAGUGUAUUUUUGUCAGUGGGGUUGCACUGUAUUUGUUAGUGGAAUUACAGUGUAUUUGUCAGUGAUGUACAAUGUAAUUUGAUAGCUGAUUUACAGUGUAAUUGCCAUGAAUUUGCACUGUAUUCGCUAGUGGAAUUAUAGUGUAAUUCACUUGAAUUUUUAUAGUGGAAUUGCGUUUUGGAUUUACUGUGUAUUUGUCAGCAAAUUUACAGUGUAAUUCAUAGCUGGUUUUACUGUGUAAAUUCAGUGUAAUUUACACUUUAAUUGAGUAGCAGAGGAAUUGUGACUGUUCUUGUGAUGCACCGCUAGUUUGUAUGUUCUUGUGAUGCAUCUGAUUCCAGUGUAUUUUCUUGAGGAUUUAGAGUAUAAUUAUAUUCGGAUGUACACUGUAAUCUUCAUCGGAAUUCCAGUGUAUUUUCUUAAUGGGUGAUUACAAUGUAUUUACAAUGUAAUUCUCAGUUGGUUUCCACUGUAAUUCGCAUGGGAUUUCUUCACUAGUGGGUUAUGUAGUGAAAUAAAAGAGAUGUAGAUUGUAAAUGCUAUCAAUGCAUUUCUUCUUUAUAUUUUUGUUAUGUUUUAUCCCUUUUGCCAUUUCAUCUCAGACAUUUUGUCCUUUUCUUUGUGUUUGUACAUAUUUAGGUUAUAGAUUAAAGUAUGGGGAGACUCAUGAAGGCUUUUGGUAAGGGCACUUCUGCUGCUUGUGUUCAAGAUUGUGAUGAUUCAGAUGGCGAUCCUUUUGUCCCCAAUGAUUUUGAUGUGGAUGAUCCUUUUCAAGAUUCGGAGGAACGUCAAAUGGAUGAUCAUGAUUUCGAGAAAGUCUUAGGCUAUGCUUUUUAGCUGCUUUUUUCUAGUCUGGCUCUGAUAAAGAUGGGGUAUGUACCCGCUCAGGGCAUGUGCUGCUAUGAUGAAGUGGAUUUAUUUCUGGUCAUGUCCUCUUCCAGUUUUUUGACUGUAGUCCCUGAUGGGUUGUAGUGUAAUUAUUUGUUGAUUUUGCUCUGUAAUGCCCAGUGGAAUUACACUGUAUGUUAAUUGGUCUUACAUAGUAAUUUUAGCGGGUUCA